AUGGGAAGUUGGUGGAGAAGAUCAAGUGCAAUUGCUCAUCACAUGAGGUCAUUUCCAAAGGUUGAUUUAAGGCGAACUGCUGCUCAAAUCCACCAAGCAGGUUCUUCUUGGAGCAAUCCCUUCCAAUCUGAUAAAACUUUAACCCCACGUUCAUUUCCAUGCAACAAGGCUUUCCUUUUCUCGGUUGAGCGCUUCAAGUUCACGGUAGCUGGAAAACAACUGGAUUCUCGACAUGACGAUGAUGAUGAUGAGCAGGCAUUGGAUUUUCCAGGAGGGAAAGUUCCAUAUACCUCAGAAAUGACAUUCAUUUCUGGUUCUUUUGAUCAAAGAAUACCUUGCUAUCGAGUUCUUGAUGAUGAUGGAGAGCUUAUUAGAGAUAGUGAUUUUGAAAAGGUUAACAAAGAAUUGGCAGUAAAAAUGUACAGUAACAUGGUUACGCUGCAAAUGAUGGAUACUUUGUUCUAUGAAGCACAAAGGCAAGGGAGAAUAUCCUUCUAUAUAACAUCAUUCGGCGAAGAAGCCAUUAACAUAGCAUCUGCUGCUGCACUUAGCAAAGAUGAUAUUGUUUUGCCCCAGUACCGGGAACCUGGAGUUCUAUUGUGGCGUGGUUUCACACUACAAGAAUUUGCCAACCAAUGCUUUGGAAACAAGGGUGAUGGUGGAAAAGGUCGGCAGAUGCCAGUUCAUUACGGGUCAAGAAAGCACAACGUUGUCACUGUUUCAUCACCUAUUGCAACUCAGCUUCCACAAGCUGCAGGCAUGGCUUAUUCUCUCAAGAUGGAUAAGAAGGAUGCAUGUGCGGUUGCAUUUAUUGGGGAUGGUGGUACCAGUGAGGGUGAUUUUCAUGCUGGUGUGAACUUUGCAGCAGUUAUGGAAGCCCCAAUCAUCUUUGUUUGUCGCAACAAUGGUUGGGCCAUAAGUACACCUAUAUCAGAACAAUUUAGAAGUGAUGGUAUAGUUGUUAAGGGCCCAGCUUAUGGAAUCCCAAGCAUCCGGGUGGAUGGAACUGAUGCACUUGCUGUUUAUGGUGCAAUUCAUGCUGCUCGCAAUAUGGCAAUAAGCGAGCAAAGACCUGUCUUAGUGGAGACUCUUGCAUAUAGAGUGGGACACCAUUCCACAUCCGAUGAUUCAACUAAGUAUCGUCCUCUUGAAGAAAUCGAAUACUGGAAAAUAGACCGAAACCCAGUAAAGAGAUUUAGAAAGUGGGUUGAAAUUAAUGGCUGGUGGAGUGAAAGAGAUGAAGCUCAACUUCGAAGUAGCAUAAAGAAGCAGCUAUUGCAAGCUAUUCAAGUGGCAGAGAAAACGGAGAAACCUCCACUUACGGAGUUGUUCGCGGAUGUCUACGAUCUUCCACCAUCUAACCUUCUUGAGCAAGAGAAACAACUUAGAGAAACUAUCAAUAAAUAUCCACAAGAUUUCCCCUCUGAUGUUUCCGUUUAGAUAUGAAGUGAGAAAGUAUCAAGUUGAGAAUUUUGUUUGGUAAUGUCAAUAAAGUAUAUGGCUCCAUUGGAUGGACUAUUCCGUUGACUUUAUCUUCAACAUUUAGGCCUUU